UCUCCGUAACUUUUUCGCACGCGUGGGCACACGUGUGUCUGUGUGUAGUGAUUUCACUUUUCCGAUUUCACUUUUCCUUCGCCUUGCUUGAACGACAGGGAAAAAAAAACAAACACAAAACCUGAGAACCAAAACAUCCGCGAAUCGAAAUCCCCAGAAUCACUCAAGAAGUUCGAAUCAAUUGCAAAAAUCCAUCAAACCUUAUACCUUCUUCUUCUUCGGAGCAGAUUUUUGCUUCCCCAUAGCUUCUGAAAGAGAGAUGGAUUGGGAUAGCGUUGCUGCCGAGGAUGUGAUUGAGGCGCUGAGAGAGGUUGAGUGGUCGACGCGUCCUCGUUCCCUCGCCGAGUUCUUCUCCAGAUUCGCCUUCCCUCGCUCUUUCUCUAAAUGGAUGAGCCGUCUCAAGUGCAAUCUCUACUACUACAGGACUAAUUACUUCAUCCUGUUGAUUCUCGUUCUGGGUCUUGCACUUAUCACCCGACCUCUGGCCAUUCUUGGUGCUGCUUUGUUAGCCUUGAGCUUAGCUUUCCUAAACGACAGUUUUGCAGCUACGUUUAAUGAGAAGAUGAUCCGGACCAUUAGGCAUUUCUCGCCACAUUUAGCUGCAAAGAUGAGGCCUCCUCACAUGCCCGUCAUUCGUGGGAGAUCUGCAGCUAGAAAGACGGUUUACGUUUGCGGCCAACCACGUUUGGUAUUCGUCUUGCUUGGCUUGACCGCCAGCUUUGUCCUGUGGUUUACUUCCUGCGGUUUGUUAUGGGUCCUCUACGCACUUGCCACUGCUCUUCUCAUGAUCAUUCUUCACGCAAGCCUGAGAACUCCAAACCUCAAGGCACGCUUGAACACAUUCCGUGAAGAGUUCCGGGCUGUCUGGCCUAGUAAUUGUAAGGCCACUUGUCUGACGACAGAUGCGACCUCCUUAUUUCGGUUAGUUGACCAGAACUUCAAGAUGACGAUCGAUUCGCAGCAGCAAACGAGCAAGUUCCGAUGGGGGGAGAUGGAAGAAGACGACGAUCUGGAUUUCCUUCUCCCUCCGAGGCAGGUGAUUGGCCCAGACGAGAACGGUCUGAAGACAGUGAUCGAGUACAAGUUCAACGAUGAGGGAAACAAGGUCAAGAUCACGACCAGGUCACGUGUCCGUAAGCUAGCUUCCGCUCGGCUCAACAAACGUGCCAUGGAGCGUAGGAGCUGGACCAAGUUCGGAGACGCCGCCAACGAGGACGCUGGGAGCCGCCUCACCAUGGUCUCAACCGAAGAGAUUCUUAUGGAACGACCCAGAGCACCCGGUACCAAAGCGGAUGAUACAAAAGCAGCAGGAGACAGCUUGUCUCAGCUGGGUAAAGGUGGUGCAGUUCUCAUGGUGUGCAGGAUAUGCCACAAGAAAGGUGAUCACUGGACAUCAAAAUGCCCUUACAAGGAUCUAGCUCCACCAACCGAUGUCUUCGUCGACAAGCCAACCACCGGUGGGGAAACAGCUACCACAUCCGCUGCAUCUGGAAUUGGCAAGGCCGCUUAUGUCCCACCUAGCAGGAGAGAUGGUGCAGACAGAACAAACACUGGAACAGACAUGAGGAGAAGGAACGAUGAGAACUCUGUUCGUGUGACCAACUUGUCUGAAGAUACCCGUGAACCGGACUUGAUGGAGCUGUUCCAUCCGUUUGGAGCUGUCACGCGUGUCUACGUGGCCAUUGAUCAGAAAACUGGAGUCAGCAGAGGAUUUGGUUUCGUCAAUUUCGUGACCAGAGAAGACGCUCAGCGAGCAAUCAACAAAUUGAAUGGUUAUGGUUAUGAUAACCUCAUCCUCAGGGUUGAGUGGGCCACUCCAAGACCUACCUAGAAUAUGUCUGAGACCUUUAAACCUCUAAUCAUUUUCGUCGUUCCUGUAAUGGUUUCUUGUUUAUCGACCAGUUUGUUGGUUUUAUUUUGUACGACUUUUUGAGAAGAUUAUCAAUUUAUAUUUAAUACGCAAUGUGCUUGAUGGCAUGAUUUUUGUGUUUGCAACAAUGCAAUGUUAUGUUCACUAAUAAAAGUUUGAAAGUUUUCAAAUCAAAU